GCUCAACAGUCCAGACCGUCGGAGCCAAGCAUGACAGCGAAGAAGCAAUCGUCGCAGCACCCUGUGGGGAGUCCCUCUGCGGCAGGCCAGCAACGACAAAUUCAUCAAAAGGGCAUGCCGUCUUCUGGUAAUGGCCCUCCGCAAUCGACGUCGCCGCAGGGGCAGGGUCGCGUCGGCUGCCUGCAAUUGAUCGACAAUCGGAAGUGGCAUUACUUUGUCAUGGGCAUCCUCUUCAUCGACUUCUUCGGGAACGCGGUGGCGGUGGGUUUCUUGUCUCAAGUUACGUACCACACGUGGGCAUUAAAGUUCCGCUUCGCUUCUGCGGGAUGCUGUGGCAUCUACGCCAUCGACAUGUUCCUUCGUUUGGUGUCUGUGAGGUCGGCGCUGUGUCGAUCUCCGUCAUCGUUGAUGGAUCUGUUUGCGUUGAUGCUCGUUGGAGGAACGGAAGCUCUUCGGUUCGUCAAGGCCGACAACCCCGACAACAUUGUCAUCACCCAGAAAGGAUGGCUGGACGACAAAGCUCUGAAUCCGCGCCACCCAAAGUACGUAUCAAACCAAAUCGAGAUCUACAUUGCGUCGGCAUACUGCCUCUUGAUCGCGCUGCGCAUCGUGCUCAAGCCCCGGGCGCGCGUGUUUUCAAAAAAGUUGCACAACCACGCCAACUCGGACCACCUUCGCAUUUCGAUCGAGUCGCUGCGGUCGUCGCUUAAGCGGAUUCCCAAUAUCACUGAGGCGGCGAUUGACAUGAUGGAAACCGACCUGCUCAUGAUCUGCGGCCGGAACGACGGUGAAAUGUCCCGCAGCGAACUCAUGCAAUUCCUCGAACGUGCGCUCACGUACCGUCCGAAAGAGAUCAGCGCCAGCGUGUUCCUGUCGUACCUGCGAGACAUCGACGCUCAGUCGUCGCUGUUCAUCUACGGCGCGGCCGACGUCGUGCGGUCGACGCUGCGUCACUGGUCGAACCAGCGGCUCUCGUUGUUCCUCACCGUUCUCGUCGUCCUCAUCAACGCGUCGUUCGUGCCGUUGCUCGCGUACUUCAUGAGUAAACUCGGCGACGAAGCGUUUCCGCAGCAAGUGGUCAAAGUUGCCAUUCGCGACAUCGCGCGGGGCUACCGCAUCCGCACCGACAUUCGGUACCAAAACGUGACGACCGACUCGUCCGGGAUGGACAUCGAAUUGGAGUACAUCAUGCCGGAAGAUGCGCUCAAGCUCGGGGUGUGGGGCAUCCUCCUGAUCUGCGUCCCGUUUGCAAUCGUGGACUUUCUCAUGGGAUAUUUUCAAUCGACGAUGAUCGCCAAGGCCACCGAACGGCUUCAAGGAUCGCUCCUCAAGACGAUCUUAGCGCAGCCGACGCUCUUUUUUUCGCAGCGUACCGAGGGCGACUUGAACAACUUGUUCCAGUCGGAUAUUUCGCGUGUCAACUCGUUGUGGCAAGCUGUGUUUUGGAACUUGAUGCACCCGAUCGUGUCGAUCAUUUCUGGCUUUUCGUUCCUCAUCUACUUCGAACCGUCCGUCGGGAUGGUGUGCCUCGGGUUUGCCGCCAUGAUUGUGUCGUCGGGGCCGCAAGGCCACGCCAGUAAAAAGUCCAAGGACUUUGGUUCCAAGAACGCCUACGUUGCCGCCGAGUUUCAAAACGCAAUUGCGUGUCAAAAGGUCGUGCGGGCGUACUCGAUCCAGGACAAGCUCCUGGCCAAGUUUGACAAGACGACGGCGAUGCUGAAGAAGAGCCAAUUCCUCAAGGACUUUUGGGCCGGCGUCGUUCAGAUCUACGUCGACAGCGCCAUGUUUUUCUUCGUCGCGGUCAUGACGGCCGCGUUAGCGACCAAGGUGUUUCGCGCCGACAUCUCGGCAGGCGACUUCUUUUCGGCCGUGACCCUUAUGUCCCGUGUCUCGACGCCCGUGACCGUUCUCGGCGGGUUCAUGCGCGUCGCGAUUGGGAAUGCCAGCAGUCUCCAGCGCCUCGAUGAGAUCCUUCGAGAGGAGGGGCAUAUCAACGACCCCAAGCAGCAAGAGGACAAGAAUUUGCCCACGGUGCCACGCAUGACGCAAGCGCUUCGCAUCGACCGGCUGAGCUUUCAAUACGAUGCCACGGUCGACCAUUGGGACUUGCAGGACGUGAAUGCUACGUUUCCUAUCGGUCAUUACGUGUGCAUUGUGGGGCCGAGUGGGUGCGGCAAGAGUACGUUACUCGGGUGCUUGAUGCAGUUCUACGAGCCGUCGGACGGCGUCAUUGCCGUGGACAACCACAAUUUACAAGGGUAUUCCAAGUCGAGCUACAUGAGCCAGAUCGCCGUGGUGUUUCAGGACGGCGGGAUUUUGAACGGCAGCAUCUUGGACAAUAUUCGAUUUGGCAAUUCGAACGCGACGGACGAAGAGUGCAAGAAGGCCGCCGAGCUGGCGGAAUGCGGCGCGUUCAUCCACGCGCUCAAGGACGGCUACGACACAAUUGUCGGCCAGCACGCGACAGUCAACUUGAGUGGCGGUCAGACGCAGCGCAUCUGCUUGGCACGAGCGCUGGUGCGAAAACCCACGAUUUUGUUGUUGGACGAAGCCACGUCCGCUUUGGACGCGGAGACGGAGGCGUCGAUCAUCGACACGUUGGAGUCGUUGGCCAAGAAGAUGAACAUGACAGUCAUUUCGGUGACACAUCGAUUGUCGACGACGCGGACAGCGGAUUCGAUUUUGGUCAUGCAGAACGGUCGCAUCAUCGAUCGCGGGACAUACCACGAGCUCCUGGCACGCCCGAUGAGUUUCUUUGCCGAGUUGGUGCACAAGACGUCGACGCAAGAAUCGCGCCGUGCCAAGAACAACACGACUAUGAGCGGUCGCUUGAGCUUCAGCUUUGGCAACCCCCACGCAGAUGACCCCGAUCAAGGACGCAACACGGAGCAAGCACUCGAGAUGUUCACGCAUCGCCUUCGCACGCGCACGCAUAGUGCGAGUGGGCAUACUGGUCGCAAGAAUUCGCGUGGCGCAGGCCAAAAAGCUCUCGGCCAGCAACACUCUGCAGACGACUACAUUGUUUUGUAGAUCGACUGUCCUUCCUACUCUAAUGCAUACUUGUGUGUUUUAUCAACA